AUGCCGACGUGGGUCGUCGUCAUGUUGGCGGUGAUCGCCGGCAUCCUCGCUGUCCUCAUGAUUCUCAUCUUAUUUUUCUGUAUCCGGUCGAAAGACAAGAAACAACCACCAUCGCCUGCCGAGCCGAAUAGACGACUUCCAACGAGAGCGGAGAGUACAAUUGGAAUCAGACCCAAGAUCCCCAACCCAAUCUACACUAUCAAUACAGCCAGUCCGGAGACACGUGGCACCAGUAUUGCAGACACAUUGACCACGAGAAAACUAUCUCAAAUGUUCGACUCAAAGAAACGGUUCUCCACCGCAUUCUCUCAUAAAUCGGUCUACUUUGAUUUCGAGAACUCUCCACUUCCACGUCACAAGGAAUAUCUCGACUUCAAUGAUAUCGAAAAUAUGGUCCCAAUCAAGAAGCAAGUCACCACUCCGGACCGCCCAAGCAUUGAUUUUUUGAACGAAAUCCAUGAAUCCCAUUCAAAAAUCAAGGAAAACAAAACGAACGACGACUCAAAAAUUCCAAAGUCAAACGAUAAACGAGCAACUGUCAAACAAGUGUUCGCCGAAGAAGACCACUCCUUCAAACAGAACACUCAACCAAUCUAUGCAAACUGA